AUGAACAGUGUCACAACGGCACCAGAGUUUAUUAGAGUAAAAAGAAGAAGAGAUGAGGAUUCCGUACAGGCAUUAUUGAUUGAUGAGGGGAAAAGAGUGAAGAAACAGAGGUUCAUAUUCAAAUUAUCAAAGACUGUGAGCCCUGAAAGCUACCAAUCCGAGCAAGAGUCAUCCACACCAUUGUUGAAGCUCGCUCAUGAAGAUCACAGGCAUUUUGUAUUAGAACAGAGAAAGAAACAUCGUAGAGACUCUGAUGGCGAUGAUUCACAAAGUCAGCUUACGGUAGAAAGCAAUGCUAAAGAUGAUGAUGGGUUACCUCCCGAGAUCAAUCAGAUGGUAAAUGACUAUUUGAAACUGAAUAAAGGUGGAGAGAAUCUUGAAAGAAAAAAACCAACUAGAAAGUUUUUCAGUGGAUAUUCUGCAGAAAUUGCGACACUGCCCAGUUUAGAUUACGUUUUUGACAUCUAUCACUUAGAAAAAAUUCGUGAAGAUGAAGUUGCACGAUAUAACAAUGAGAAAAAUAUAGGGUUUGUGAAAAUUGUCGAGCACAUGGAUUUAGCACUUGAUGAAGAAAGUGAUCCCAAUGAAGUCCGUUCAGAUGAUGAAGAUUCUAAUGAUGAAAACUACUACCAGAAUGAUUAUCCGGAGGAUGAAGAUGAUGACAGAUCAAUUCUACUUGGAAACGAGGGGGAAGAUAUGGCUGUAUCGGAAGAAGAGUUUAUCAUAGGUGUAAAUAAGAGCAGGUUUUCUUCUUGGAAUGAUCAUCAACUUUUGGGACCUAAUGGGUAUCAGGACGUGGAGGAAGAGUACGGAGAUCUUUUCAGCAGACUUGGAGGAAACAGUGACGUCCUUAAAUCCAUUAACUCAUCCAAUUUUAUUGAUUUGGAUGGUCAAGAAGAGGAAAUAGAAACAAGUGAUAACGCAAAUGACUUGGAUGAGGAAUAUGAUACUGAAUAUCCUAGAAAUGAAUUCUUUCCGACUGAUACUGAUGACCCAUUGGCACAUCAUAGAGACAGAAUAUUCCAUCAAUUACAGAAAAAAAUCGAUAAAAGCUAA